AUGGCGGCUGCCACCACCUCUGCAGCAGCCGCUGCCGUGAAUUACACCUGUUGCUCCUGUCACUCCAGGCUUCCUCCCAAGAACCCAACUUUUCUGCUCUUCUUCCACCACCCAAUCCUUAAGCCUAGCAAGUCCUUUUCUCUUCUUUCCUCGAAUUCCAGAAGAAAUGAAAUCCCCAUUGUUAUUGCCAAAGCAUCAUCGUCAUCUUCGAGUAAUACUAAUGUGGGAAAGAAGGAAGAGGAAGUGGAAGUUGAAGUCGAGGAGGAGUUGCCUUGGAUACAGGAGAAGGCUUUGGAUUUGGUGGAGUUCACUGGUUCUGUUACACAAGCCAUUCCGGGUCCUCGAGUUGGGCAUACCUCAUUGCCUUGGUUCCUUGCUGUCCCGUUGGCUUAUUUGGGGAUUACUUUUGUCUUUGCUGUGGUGAAGACCGUCAAGAAGUUCAAUUCUCCAAAAGAGAAACGUCGAAAAUUGGUUAAUAAAAAUGCUACUCUCUGCAAGUCAAUAGAUGAGCUCUUUGAGAAAGGAACAGAUCAAGUAACACUAUCAACUGUGAAUGGACUAAUGCAAAAGACAGGUUUUACCAUGGAGGAGAUACUGCGAAAAUACAUUCGGUAUGUGUUGAAUGAGAAACCAUUCAACCCGGAUUUGGUUGCGAAAUUAAUUCAACUUAGAAAAGCCACUAAUUUGGAUGACUCUCAAGUGGCUGCAGUUCUGAAUGAUAUAUCGACGCGCAUUGUGAAGGAGAAAGGUCCUGUUGUGAUGGAUAUGUCAGGAUAUUCGCAAAAGGGUUUCAAGAGAAAACUCGCUGUUCAAGCUCUUUUUGGAAAGAUUUUUUAUCUGUCUGAGUUACCAGAAUUCUGUUCGAAGGACAGCUCAUUAACUGUGAAGGAAAUAUUUGGAGUUGCAGACGAGGAUGCAGAAAAGAUAAGAUUACACACUGUUUCAGAAUCUGGGGACUUGGAGUCAUUGGAAAAAAUGGUUGAUGGUGGCAGCUCAGGCUCAGAUGCUGAAAGUUCUGGAGACAAAUCUUUCAGUUCGUCUUGA